CCCGGCCGUUCAGGCGCAGGCGCGCUCUGCCUCUCGCCGUCGUCUUCGGCCGCUCGGAGGGGGUUGAGGCGCUGCUCGGUUCGGCGACGGCCGCGCCGAGUCUCGCCAGAAGGGCGCCGCCGCCAUGUUCCGACGAAAGCUGACGGCCCUCGACUACCACAACCCGACCGGGUUCAACUGCCGAGAUGAAACUGAAUUCCGCAAUUUCAUAGUUUGGCUCGAAGACCAGAAGAUCCGGCACUACAAAAUUGAGGACCGGGGGAAUUUAAGAAACAUACACAAUGCUACAGAGUGGACAAAGUCAUUUGAAAAGUACCUUAAAGAUGUGAAUUGUCCUUUCACCGUACAAGAACGGCAAGAGACCAUUGACUGGCUUCUGGGAUUGGCCGUUCGGCUUGAAUAUGGGGACAAUGCUGACAAGUAUAAGGACUCCACGCCCGAGGGAGCUAAAAAUGCAGACAAUGCCGCCAAGAGCGCAGAACCCCUGAUAAAUCUGGAUGUGAACAACCCUGACUUUAAGGCCGGAGUAAUGGCGUUGGCAAACCUCCUUCAAAUCCAGCGUCAUGACGACUAUUUGGUGAUGCUCAAGGCUAUUCGCAUCUUGGUUCAAGAGCGCUUGAGUCAGGAAGCCGUUGCAAAGGCAAAUCAAUCCAAAGAGGGUUUGCCGGUUGCCUUGGACAAGCACAUUCUUGGCUUCGACACAGGAGAUGCCGUUCUCAACGAAGCCGCUCAGAUCCUCCGCCUGCUGCAUAUAGAAGAACUCCGCGAACUGCAGACCAAGAUCAACGAAGCCAUUGUGGCGGUCCAGGCCAUCAUCGCGGAUCCAAAAACUGACCACAGACUGGGGAAAGUCGGGAGAUGAACUGACACAAAGAGCCGCCCUGCUCUUCCGUCGGGGCUGACAGGAAAGGAGGGAGGGGACCCCUCUGAGCCCAGCAUGCCAUUCCGACAGGCUCCCGCUAUUUCCCGUGUUUGGAAAGAAAACAAGGCUGACUGCCCAGCGCAGCCUCUCAAUGCCAUUUUUCUUGACGUAAAUAAAGCUUGGAUUAAGCUGA